GCUAGGGAAGACGGAUGUAAACAAAGACUGUGCCCCUCUCAAAAAACCUGCAAAUCCGGACGUUAUGCCGAUUUUGACAGACAUAUAAAUAUAUAUUUAAAUGUUUCUCUAUCAAGCCGACAUAAUGGACUUUCAAUGUCCACAAUUCAAGAGGCACGUGAUCAAGCGAGCAGCUGCACGGGAACGAGUCUCAUUUCAAAGCCACCUUUGCAUCCACAUUGCAACUGGUUUGAAACAACAACAAAAAAUGAAGUUUCUGAAACUCUUUGGACGUGCUAAAUCUGUGGUUAUUGGAAUGAUUCAUGUUCAAGCCUUGCCAGGCACACCUUUAGGAAGCAUGGUCAUUCCUCAAAUUAUCGAGGAGGCAUGCCACGAGGCAGAAAUCUAUCACAAUGCGGGAAUUGAUGGGCUGAUCAUUGAGAACAUGCAUGACAUUCCAUACACAUUCUCAGUUGGACCAGAGGUGUGUGCCUCUAUGACAGCGGUGUGUGCAGCGGUGAGGGGGAUCUGUCCGCUUCUGCCUCUUGGAGUUCAGAUCCUGUCUGCAGCAAACAUCUCAGCUGUUGCUGUUGCACUGGCUUCAGGUAUGGAUUUUAUCAGGGCAGAGGGAUAUGUCUUCUCACAUGUUGCUGAUGAAGGCCUUUUGAAUGGAUGUGCCGGAGACCUUUUGCGAUACCGCAAGCAAAUGCAGGCUGAACAUGUGCAGAUCUUUACUGAUAUAAAAAAGAAGCACAGCUCCCAUGCCCUGACUUCAGAUGUGAGCAUAGUGGAGACGGCCAGAGCAGCUGAGUUUUUCCUUUCUGAUGGUCUCAUCAUCACUGGAACAGCCACAGGGGUUCAGGCAGAUCCAAUGGAGCUCAGAGAUGUUGCAGGGUCUGUAAGACUCCCAGUUCUUAUUGGCUCAGGAGUGACCUAUGACAACGUGGAAUACUACCUUGAUGCUAGUGCAAUGAUAAUUGGCUCGCAUUUCAAGAGGGGAGGAGUUUGGGCAAAUGCUGUUGAUCCAGAAAGCGUUAAAAAGUUUAUGGGGAAGGUGCAUUUGCUUCGAAAAUGAAAUCCACCAAUUUGCUGCUAAAAUAAUUUAA